AUGUCGAACAGUCUUGAGCUUCUGAACCCGAAUGCACAAAGCGUGAGGCGCGCUGCUGCGCUCCAAAUGCUGGUGGAUGGUGCGGGUCAGAUCAAGUUGACCAAGGACGGGAAGGUCUUGUUAUCGGAAAUGCAAAUCCAAAACCCCACAGCAGCGAUGAUUGCACGUACAGCUGUCGCGCAGGAUGAUCAAGUUGGCGACGGAACAACGUCUGUUGUCCUUCUCGUGGGCGAGCUUCUGAAGCAAGCGGAUCGCUACAUAUCAGAGGGGGUUCAUCCUACCGUCGUCGCAGAGGGGUUCGAUAUCGCCAAAAAAGAGGCUCUAGCUUUUUUGGAUACAUUCCGUGUCAGAAGAAAUCUCGAUAGAGCCACUCUAAUAAACGUUUCUCAUACUUCGCUCGAAACUAAACUUCAGCCUCGUCUGGCCAAGCAGCUCGCCGCGGACGUUGUGGACGCAGUUCUGACCAUCAGACCAAAACCUCCCAUAACAGGUGUCGAAGCUAUCCAGGAACCUAUCGAUCUCCACAUGGUCGAGAUUAUGAAGAUGCAGCACCGGACAGAGCUCGAUACGCAACUCGUUCGCGGUCUCGUGUUAGAUCAUGGCGCUCGGCAUCCUGACAUGCCCAAACGUGUGGGGAACGCUUACAUAUUGACGCUGAAUGUUUCAUUGGAAUACGAGAAGACCGAGGUCAACUCCGGUUUCUUUUACUCAACAGCGGAGCAGAGAGAGAAGCUUGUUGAAUCGGAGCGUCGUUUUGUGGACGCAAAGCUAAAAAAGAUCGUGGAGCUGAAGAAGCUCGUGUGUGAUCAGCCUAUUGACGAGACUGGAAAGACAAAAUCAAAACCAAAGAAUUUUGUUGUCAUCAAUCAGAAGGGCAUCGAUCCUCUCUCUUUGGACAUCCUUGUGAAGAAUGGAAUUCUCGCUCUGCGACGUGCGAAGAGGCGGAAUAUGGAGAGACUGCAACUUGUGUGUGGUGGUGUCGCGCAGAACUCAGUCGACGACCUUACCCCUGAUGUUUUGGGAUGGGCGGGGCUUGUCUACGAGCAUACUCUGGGCGAAGAGAAAUACACCUUCGUGGAGGAAGUAAAGGAUCCGAAGAGCGUUACCCUUCUUAUCAAGGGCCCGAAUGCUCACACCAUGACCCAAAUCAAUGACGCGUUGAGAGACGGCUUACGGAGUGUGAAGAAUGCAAUUGAGGAUGAGGCAUUGAUUCCAGGCGCCGGUGCUUUCGAGGUGGCCUGUUCAGCGCACCUUUCGUCGGCUGUUAAAAAAGCUGCCAAGGGGAGGGCCAAGCUUGGUGUACAGGCUUUUGCAGAUGCAUUAUUAAUCAUCCCGAAAACUCUCGCCGCCAAUGGCGGGUUUGAUGUUCAGGACUCCAUUGUCGCUUUGCAGGAUGAGCAAGCAGAAGGCAACGUGGUCGGGCUCAACCUUCAAACUGGGGAACCUUUCGAUCCCACAGUAGAUGGAAUAUGGGACAAUUACAGGGUCAAGCGUCAGAUGCUGCAUUCGUGCUCCGUUAUUGCUGUCAACUUGCUAUCGACGGAUGAGAUAUUAAGAGCGGGUGUCUCAAUGACAAGACCAGAGAAUCCAGGACCUCAGUGA